GGAAGUGUUUCUACAGCUUUGGGAAAGGGAGAAGGGGGAGAUCUAAGCCAUCUAACACAUUUUAUUCAAUGUCAUCUUAAGAGUUAGAAACAUGCUGGCUCUCUUUUGGAUUACCUCGGUGAUGUGCUUGGCCCCAUAUUGCCUCCAGGCUCAAAGACCACGGCCUUGUGCGUCUCCUCCUCUCUAUAUGGGAAAUCUGUUUGUGAGCACCAAAGAGGUGGAGCUAUGGGCUGUUGCAAACUACGCUUAUGAUGCCUUUAAUCAGAGGCUUCAUCUCAGAGAUACUGGCAAUUUCAUGAACAAAAGCUUCAGCCAUGAUGUCCUCAUGCUCUUCCAAGAGGGUCUCAGGUAUAACAUCAACCAUGCAAACCAAACCUGUGUGAAGGAGGCCCUGCAGUCUGACUUCCACCCCAUGGCGGUCCCCAAGAGCGCCAGCUUCCUGUCCCAGGUGGUUCUGGGAACGUCCUCCACACCUGGUCAAGGUCUGCUGGUCAACACCUGGUGGGGAGAUGUGCGUGAGAGUGAAGGUGAUGGCCAUUACGUGAUGUCAUUCACUGAGCUUAGCUGCUUACCUGUUUCCGGACUCUUCUAUACCGAGGACAAGCGCUGGAUCAGUGUGAGCUUUUACAACAACUUUCUGGGAAUUGACGAUCCAAAUCGGUUCAUCCCCCCACCAUUCUGCAAGGAUGCUGAAGUGGAGCGGGACAUCCAUGGAGGGGUGACUGACUUCUUCAGCAUCUUGCAGUGAACCAACAUCAUACUUCAUUCCAUGAUUGUGUGAUUUAUGUCACUAAUGAGUUCAUAUGAAUGUAUAGUUUGUUUUAAUCAUUUGCUUUACUUUUUGCAUUGUACAUCACCUAUUACAUACUGUACAUCAUGAUAUGCUUUAGUCACACAACUAACAACCUAAAUCUGGACCAGUGUUAAUUCAGUAGCCUACUUAAUACGUGGAGUUAGCUCAGAGACUUUGCAACAUACAGUACAUAGCCUACAGAUGAUACAGUAUCUGUAGAUUGCACACAGUAUAUGUAUUUUUCUUCAAAAGUCAAAAGUUUUGUUUCUUCUCUUUCAGUUGCUAUUGUUUCGCAUUUGGAACCCUGCUUGAACUAGUUCACAUACUGUUGUGCUCUGUGGUUGGUGCUGCUGUGGCCUACUCUAUCUCCUAUUCAGUAAAUAGGUCAUGCGGUACAGCUAAUGCUAACACUAUGUGGUGAGCUGAAACACCCUGACAAUGUAGGCUAUGGUUGUGUGCACAGAGGGCUAGCUAUUCCACGUAUCUUGCAUAUCUCUCACUAGAUGAUCAUUAUCCUCUUCAUUAAAGUCUGUGUUGCCAUUAUGAAAUCGCUGCAUUAAAAUAAUAUAAUUGCUUAAUAA